UAUUAUUUUUUAUUAGUAAAUUCAAACCACAAACAAUUCAAGCUUUCCAAAAGCCAGAGAGGAGCAACAGAGGAGUAACUGUGAUGUUUUUUUUCUUUCUUGAGUGAUUACUAAUGUUUUCCCUCAAUGUAGUUCCUUUCAUACGUUUCAUCUGCUCGAUCUGAAUAAAGCAAUUAAUCACAACAACGCAAUUAGAAGAUUUGGUUUGUUUGUCAGAGCUAGAAAAAUUAUCUGUUAAAUAAAAUAGUUUAGUGUAAGAUUCUUUUCUCCCUACAAAAUGAAACAAAUAACUGACUUUCAACCUAAGAGGGGGAAACUUUUUUUUACACUACUUUUUAUUUUAUUAAUUUAUCUUGUGAUAUAUUAUUCCUUAAUUGGGUCAUUAUGUUUAUUUUAAUGUAUAAUAAACGUCCUUAUGCUGCGUUUAUUGAGUAAAAGAUGACAAAUAUUUAUGACACUUAAUUUGCGGUGGAAAAGGCUGAAUGGGAUCGAUCUUGGAUGCAGGAUUCAACCUGGAGCUCUUUGCUGUGACCAGAGCUGUGAAAAGAAGCGCGCAUGGGCUGGAAGCAGCUGUCUUGUCGCUUCUCCUCAGGGCAGCAGCAGUGAUGCAGGAGCUGCCUCUAUAUAACACCCUCCAAGAUGCCUCCCUCGUCGCUCCUUCGCGCUUAUUGUUCCAGAGCCUCACUUUUACAGUAGCGACUAUUUGAGCGAAACAGGUCCAGUGGAUUUCUCUGUUGUGCUUUUUGCAAUGUUCGGAUUUCAACAGAAGUUUGUGGAAGCGGAGCGUCAGAGCGCACAUGACGCGCGUCGCAGCCACAGUCUCCAGGAGUGAUUCCGGGGGAACUUUUGAACAUGAGAAAAAGAGAGCAAGUGGUAUUUUCUGUCCUUUAAGGUUUCACAUCCCAUGGCUUGGACAAUGGACACCCUGAGCCUGUCAGUGAACGCAGUGUCUUACACCGUGGCAGCUGAGAUCCCCACCACCGACGACCCGUUCAGCGGACCCAUCAAGAACAUCGCGCCGUGGAACUUCACCGUCCUGGCCGUCGUCAUGUUCGUGGUCACCUCGCUGUCUCUGACCGAAAAUUUCCUGGUCAUGUUUGUCACUUUCAAGUUCAAACAACUCAGACAGCCCCUGAACUACAUCAUAGUUAAUCUGGCCAUCGCAGACUUUCUGGUGUCCCUCACCGGCGGACUGAUAAGUUUCCUGACGAACGCCAGGGGGUACUUCUUCCUCGGGAGGUGGGCUUGUGUCUUUGAGGGCUUUGCCGUCACGUUCUUUGGUAUCGUGGCCCUGUGGUCCUUGGCUGUCCUGUCCUUUGAGCGCUUCUUUGUGAUCUGUCGGCCCCUGGGGAACAUUAGAUUGCAAGCCAAGCAUGCCAUCCUGGGUCUGCUGUUCGUGUGGACGUUUUCCUUUAUCUGGACCUUCCCACCUGUUCUGGGCUGGAACAGAUACACUGUGAGCAAGAUCGGAACCACCUGCGAGCCUGACUGGUAUUCAACCAACAUAACAGACCACAGCUAUAUUAUCACUUUCUUCACCACCUGUUUCAUUUUUCCACUCGGAGUAAUAUUCUUCUGCUAUGGGAAGCUCCUCAGGAAGCUCAGAAAGGUAUCUCAUGGUCGUCUCGCAACCGCCAGGAAGCCCGAGCGGCAGGUGACCCGGAUGGUUGUGGUUAUGAUUGUGGCAUUUAUGGUGGGCUGGACCCCUUAUGCAGCCUUCUCCAUACUGGUCACAGCUUAUCCCACUAUUGAGCUUGAUCCAAGGGCAGCCGCCAUCCCGGCUUUCUUCUCCAAGACAGCUGCUGUCUACAACCCAGUCAUCUACGUCUUCAUGAACAAACAGUUCAGGAAGUGCCUGAUCCAGCACUUUACCGGCAUAGGAACCAUCCCGGAAAGUAACCUAAAUCAGACCUCAGAACGACCUGGAAUUACUGCCGAGAGUCACACAGGGGAAAUGUCCGUCAUUGCAGCCCGCAUCCCUGUGGGCAGCUGCGUGUCUCCCAGAUCUGAUGACUCUCAAAAUGAUUGUGGCUCAUUUGCUCAGCUUCCCAUCCCAGAGAACAAAGUGUGUCCGCUGUAACUGUAAGCCUCCUUCCAAUAGGUGUUACUUUCCUCCUUAAAAGUGAUUUUUUAACAUUUUGUCAUCCAGCUAGUGUGCUUGAGAAACUCUGUGGAUGUUAGGAGAAGUUGAAAUAAGUCAUCUAUUUCUUAGAUACAUUUUGAGGCACUGGGCACUUUUGAAGAAUUUUUGAUGUUCUCUGGAACUGUGGAAAAGUUUUGUGCUUUAGCCUGUUUUAGUAGUUUGUUACUGUUUUUUUUAAAUAGGAGCAGAAAAAAAGAACCGAUAGAUGUGCUUAAGCCUUUGCCCACCAGGUCACUUGUAAAUACUGAAUACUCCUCUGUCUUGUUAUUCAAGGAUGUCUGGGUUUUCUUCCUAUCCCCGACACACUUCACAUUGGUGAAUCAUAUUAGAGGGCACUUCAACUCAACUUUAUAGUGCCCGCCUUCAAAUCUCAAUGUAGCAGUGGAUUACGAGAACUUGACAUCAGUAAGUUAAGGGCUGGUCAGUGUAUUUCAAAUACCACAAUGCAUCCAGCCUUUCAUCUUGUCCUUGCCUUCGCCUUUGAAGCGUCUGCAGAGAAAAUGUUGUUUUCCUAUGCUGUUUUCAGUGUUUGCUUUGGCAGCAAGCUUCAGUCAGCUUCAGUCAAAAGCACAAAGCGGUCUUUGAAUUGGAAUUUUUUUUUUCUAUUUGACUGUUUUCUGCAUAGACUAGUUUGGGUCAAAUCUUUCAUCUUUAGUGACUAUGGUCAAGUUGUUUCUGUGGCACCAGUCUACCAUUGCAGAUUUGGAGUCAAAGUAUUAAUGAGAAGCCAGCAGGGGAUCAGCAUGCUCAUAAACAUUCACACUGGUGCAAACACAUGCAACACCACAUUUAGACAGAGGGAGCAGUGCUUGUUGGGAAAAAUUAUCUUGUUUGGCUAUCAAUAGCUAUUAAUAAGUACCCAAAGACAUUUAUUAACCAAACGGAGUCAUUUGUUAUUAAAUCAUCAAGUUGGGGUACCACCUGAUUAUCAGGAGUCGAAAACCAAACAGUUUCACUCUAUGUCAGCUGUUCUAUAAGUACCGCUUGCAUUGGUUGUGGUAUUAUAGAGCAUUAAAUGAAGGAAGCACCAAAUACAUAUAAAGAAUAAACACAAAAAACGUUUCUUUAGAUCACACAAGAAUUUAAUGGUGUAAUACCCCAAAUUUACAGUUAAAACACUUGAGUCAAUAAACUCUGACUCUCACUAAACUAGUAACUUUCAACUGAACUACUAAACAAUAAUAAAAAAAAGAAUAAUUAUUAAUACAGCAGUUUGUGUGACCAAGACUACAGUUGCUGAAAGAAAAAAUGGUGGGCAAGAUGGGUGCCCAUAAUAUAGCAAACAAAAUGGCGAAUGAAACACUGUGGGUGGUCAGAGAGUAAUAUCUCUGUACACACAACACAUUGAAACUUAGUAGAAGGACAUACUGGAUGCAGCUCCUGUUGGCUAUCAAUAGAAAACUGCUUUACAGUUUGUACAGGCUCCAACGACAGAUUGGAAAAAAUGUUGCUGGUCUUCAUUUCAGUUGCAAAAUGAAAGCUUGGAUCCAGCCUACCUAUUUUCUUGUCACACUUUAGCCCCUCUGAGUGUGAAGCAGCUGGGAUGAAGAUUAGCUCCUCCAAGUCUGAGGCCAUGGAUCUCGACCAGAAAAGGGUGGCUUGUCCUCUUCAGCUUGGAGGGGAGCUUCUGCCUCAAGUGGAGGAGUUCAAGUAUCUCGGGGUCUUGUUCACGAGUGAGGGGAGAAUAAAGCGAGAAAUCGACAGAUGGAUUGGUGUGGCUGCUGCAGUAUUGAGGACGCUGUGCUGGACUGACUUAGAUCGACUGGUAAAUCGAGAGCUUUGGUUUUCAGCUCAGUUCUCGAUUCACCAGUCAAUCUGCCUUCCUACACUCACCUAUGGGCAUGAACUUUGGGUCAUGACCGAAAGAACGAGAUCCCAGAUACUCAAAUGAGCUCCCACCACAGGAUGGCCGGACACUCCCUUAGAGAUAGGGUGAGGAGCUCGGCCAUCCGGGAGGAGCUCAGAGUAGAUCUGCUGCACCUCCACAUUGAGAAGAAUCAGGUGGCUCAGGCAUCUGUUUUAGAUGCCUCCUGGACGUCUCCCCCGGGAGGUGUUCCAGGCACAUCCCACCGGGAGGAGGCCCAGGGGAUGGCUCAGAACACGCUGGAGGGACUAUGUCUCUCGGCUGGCCUGGGAACACCUCGGGUUUCUCCCAGAGGAGCUGCAGGAGGUGUCUUGGGAGAAGGACGUCUGGGCAUCUCUGCUUAGUCUGCUGCCCCUGUGACCCGGUCCCAGAUAAGCUAAAGACAACAAGUACAAGUACUUUAGCGUCCUUAGUACCAACUGAGCAUUGUACAAACAUCAUAGCCUUCCUGACUAUGCAGAGCAUGUCCAUGUCUUCUUGAUAACAGUGUACCAACUUCUUCCACCACGUCACAAAGCUCAAAAUAAUUUCUCAGACUCAACUGUUGGUUCACUGUACCCUAAUGUCCUCCACAGUGACCAGAUCCUAGUUCAAUACAGUCCCUUUAGGAUGUAGUACAACAGAGAUUCACAUCAUGGAUGCAGAGGUGACAAAUCUACAUCUGUGAUGCUAUCAUGUCGAUAUGGACCCAAAUCUCAGAGAACUUUGUUGAAUCUAUGCCACACAUAAUAAAGGCAGUUCUGAAGGCAAAAGGGGGUCAAACCCACUAUUAUCAGUGUUCCAAGUAAGUUGGCCUAUGAGUGUAGUCACUGUGAUAAAAAUGCAGUGGACAAGAGUGGCUUUGAUAAUUAGCCAUGUGCAAAAGCUAUGUAUAUUUCCAUGUUAAGCAAAAAUCAACAGCAAUAUUGAAGCUAAAUAAUGUCCAACAACCCAGCACCGAAGCUUGCUGCUGGUGUAGCAGUGAGUGUUCAAACAUCAUCUGCUGGACUUUGUGUUGCAUGUUUGUUCACUGCUAUUUGGUAUCUGUCUAAUCACUGUUAUCUGCUGCCCAAUGAUACUCUAUGUAUUAACAAUAUAACAUUGUGUUGUCUGUGCAUCCCAGUCAUGUCUGGCUGUUCUAUCCAAAAUCACAUUAUAAGGAUGUGUACAUCUGUUCCAUAUUUAUUGUAAUAAAUUGAUGUUAUCAGUAUAGCCAUAUGGAGCCAUGGUGAUCAUAUAUUGUAAGUAUGGUGACAUUUUACACUUAUAUUACCACAGUAUUAAGAACCUUUGUGUUUCUUUUGAAAUGGGUAAAGCAGUCUUAAAUCAUCAAUACAAAGUUUUACUAAUGUAACUGUAAAUGAUUUUUGUUUGUGUGGAUAUAAGUGAGUGACAUGAGCUUCCUCCAUAGGGUGUCCAGACUCAGCUUUAGAGAUAAGGGGAGGACCUCCAUCUUCCAGGAGAGGUUCAGCGUAGAGCUGCUGUUCCUCUGCAUCGAAAGGAGUCAGUAGAGGGGAUCUUGGGUUUAGGAUGCUUAUUGAGCUCCUCCAUUUGGAGAUUUUCCAAACAUUUCACUCUGGUUAAGCAGAUGUAGAACUUGCUAAAGGGCCUAUAUAUCCCUUAUGGUCUGGAAUAUCUUAAGAUACCCUAAAAUGAGCUGGAAAAUGUUUCUAGAGUGUGAUGUCGGAGUUUUCCUCGCUGGACUGCUUUGUAACACAGUGAUACCAGUUUGCCCAGCAGAAAUGUUGUAAUGUUCACGUAAAAUGUCAGAUUUGACCAUAAUGUACUGUUUGCACUAUUGUUUUUCAUUCUUAAAUUACAGUUUGGUCAUGCCGUG